UUUUGUUGACAUUAUCAAGGUGUUCUCGCGAGAUUUGGGCGAGAGGGCGCAUGGCGCUGCGCAUGCUGUGAAUGAAGGACAAGCACAACCUGUAAUUCUCAGACCAUCUGAAAGGAUUUCAGUGUCAAACUACAAGUUAUGGAGGAGCCCUCAAAAUUUGAGCGAUAUGUUUACAAAAACGCUUCAGUUUAUCAUUAUAUGAAGAUAUCUCUGGUUUUGGAGAAUGGAAACAGAAAUAUUUCUUCUGCGGAGUUCAAACAAUUGAUCAUUCGUGGACUUAAAGACCUGUACGGAGAGAUUGGAGCUUCUUUUCCAUUUGAUUUGCUGAAGUUUGAUGAGAACGAAUUGACCGCCAUACUACGAGUGUACAACAGUGGGCUGGUGAAAUUGUGGAGUGCAUUAACGUUACUGGGAUCAUAUCAAAAUGAGGCAUGUGCAUUCAGAGUCACACAGGUGUCGCCGUUUUUGUUAGCAUUGUCUGGGAAUAGCCGUGAGCUGCAGUUUAGAGACCAGUUGGCAUCGUGAGGUGGGCCUACAAACAAA